AUGUUAAAAAUCCUGAUCCCUACACUCAUGCUUAUCCCAACGAUUUGACUUAGCCCCGCAAAAUGGCUAUGAACUACAUCAAUCGCACAAAGUUUAAUUAUCGCCUUAGCAAGUUUAUCCUGACUUAAAUGAUCAUCAGAAACCGGGUGGUCCUCCUCUAACCUUUAUCUAGCAACCGACCCCUUAUCAACACCUCUGCUAGUAUUAACCUGCUGAUUAUUGCCCCUUAUAAUCCUUGCUAGCCAAAAUCACAUCUCUCCUGAACCCCUAAACCGCCAACGGACCUACAUCUCCCUUUUGGUCUCCCUUCAAACAUUUCUAAUCUUAGCAUUCGGGGCCACAGAGAUCAUCAUAUUUUACAUCAUGUUUGAAGCCACCCUACUCCCGACCCUUAUCAUUAUUACCCGGUGGGGAAAUCAAACAGAACGCCUUAACGCCGGCACCUACUUCUUAUUCUACACCUUAGCAGGCUCCCUACCACUCCUCGUAGCCCUACUUCUCCUACAAAACGACAGCGGGACCCUAUCUAUAUUUACUCUCCAGUACACAAAACCCCUACACCUAUUAACAUGAGGGGAUAAAUUAUGAUGAGCUGCCUGUCUCUUAGCUUUUCUUGUAAAAAUACCUCUGUACGGAGUACACCUCUGACUCCCAAAAGCACACGUAGAAGCCCCAAUCGCAGGAUCUAUAAUCCUCGCAGCUGUCCUCCUUAAACUGGGGGGCUACGGCAUGAUACGCAUAAUAGUUAUGCUAGACCCACUAACCAAGGAACUGGCUUACCCCUUUAUUGUUUUAGCCCUCUGAGGCAUUAUUAUGACUGGGUCUAUUUGCCUACGUCAAACGGACCUAAAAUCACUAAUCGCAUAUUCUUCAGUAGGCCACAUAGGAUUAGUAGCAGGGGGCAUUAUAAUCCAAACACCCUGAGGGUUCACUGGUGCAAUUAUCCUUAUAAUCGCACACGGUCUCGCCUCCUCAGCACUAUUCUGCUUAGCCAACACUAGUUAUGAGCGCACACACAGCCGUACUAUACUUUUAGCUCGUGGAAUACAAAUAGUUCUCCCCCUAAUAACCACUUGAUGAUUCGUAGCUAGUUUAGCUAAUCUGGCUCUCCCACCUCUCCCUAAUCUGAUAGGAGAACUAAUGAUCAUCACUUCCAUAUUUAACUGAUCGUAUUGAACCCUACUUCUCACGGGGCUAGGCACAUUAAUUACAGCAAGCUACUCCCUUUAUCUGUUCUUAAUAACCCAACGGGGGCCCCUGCCCUCCCACAUCAUUGCCCUUGAACCCACCCACACCCGGGAACACCUACUUAUUACUUUACAUCUCAUCCCCAUUGUCCUCCUAAUUCUGAAGCCGGAACUUAUAUGAGGUUGAUGUUUCU